AUGAAAGAGCCAAUUGCCAUUAUUGGCAGUGCCUGCCACUUUCCAGGCGGUGCUGACUCCCCGGGAAAGCUUUGGGGCCUUCUCGAGAGCCAGAAAGACGUACUGCGAGAGAAUAGCCGCAAAGAAUUGAAUCUCAACAGCUUCUAUCAUCCUGACGGAACCCACCAUGGCACCACGAAUGUUCCAGGCAAGUCUUAUCUACUUGAAGAUGGUCAUCAAAAUUUUGAUGCUUUAUUUUUCAAUAUCAACCCCAUGGAAGCACUGGCAAUGGACCCACAACAGAAGUUGCUCCUGGAAACCACCUAUGAGGCUUUUGAAAGGGCGGGAUACACUUUGGAACAGAUGCAAAAUUCCUCAACGUCGGUAUUUGUGGGGGUGAUGACCUCGGAUUUCCAUGACAUGCAGGCUCGCGAUUUAGAGACAAUCAAUCGCUGGCAUGCUACCGGAACCGCCCCUACUAUGCUGUCUAAUAGAAUAUCCUAUUGCUUCAAUUUGAAGGGUCCUUCACUCACAAUCAACACCGCGUGUUCGAGUUCGCUUGUUGCUCUUCAUCAAGCAGUACAAAGCCUACGAAAUGGCGAAUCCAGUAUGGCUAUUGUUGGUGGCGUCAACUUGUUACUAGACCCUGGGACUUUUAUCAGCGAAUCGAAGAUCCAUAUGUUGUCUCCAACCUCGAGAUGUCGAAUGUGGGAUCAGGAUGCUGAUGGAUACGCCCGCGGUGAAGGUUGUGCCGUCGUCAUUCUGAAGAGUCUGACUCAUGCACUCGCGGACGGUGAUGUGAUCGACGCUAUUGUCCGGGAAACCUUGGUCAGCUCCGACGGACGUUCUGCGGGCAUCACUAUGCCAGACGCAGAGGCCCAGACCAAAUUAAUAAAACAAACAUAUUUGAAUGCUGGCCUUGAUCCUAUUCGAGAUCGCUGUCAAUACUUCGAAUGCCAUGGCACUGGUACCCAGGCAGGGGACCCUGUCGAAGCUCAAGCAAUCCAUCAGGCAUUCUUUGCCGACAAGCCAAUUACUGGUGAGUAUAAAGACACAAAAAUGCAUGUUGGGUCUAUAAAAACUGUCAUCGGGCAUUUGGAAGGAUGUGCGGGUCUUGCGGGCGUUUUGAAAGCAGUAUCGUGUAUCAAUCAUGAAACGAUCACUGCAAAUCUCCACUUCAACACCUUGAACUCAAAGAUUGCACCAUUCUACACGCAUCUAAACGUACCAACACGCAAUAUUCCAUGGCCUAAAGUUGAGGGUACCUCUCCUUUGCGUGCCAGUGUAAACUCGUUUGGUUUUGGAGGGGCAAACGCCCAUGCCAUCAUCGAGAGCGCCGAGGCUUAUGUGAGUGGAUCUGAUCGCAAAUUCAGCAAUGAGCACUCCAAAGAUAGCUUCGCCAUCGCAAAACCAUUUCUCAUCUCUGCAAAUUCACGACCAUCCUUGAUCGCAACUAUCGAACGCCUUGCAAGAUACGUUGAAUCGAAUCCAUCAUUACAACUCAACGAUCUGGCAUGGUGUCUAGCUACCAAAAGAUCAGCCUUAUGCUUCAAGAUAUGCCUCACUGCAGACUCCCCCCCAAAGUCUUCUCGGGGAAUUAAAGCUAGCAACAUGGAAAUUAAUGGUCAGCUUGGCACACUGACUCGAAGAAGUCGAUCUGAGCAGUUGAAAGUCCUCGGGAUUUUCACUGGUCAAGGUGCCCAGUGGGCUACAAUGGGACGAAAAUUAAUCCUGUCAUGUCAAUUGUUCGCCAAUUCUAUUGAGCGUUGUGAAUGUGCUCUUGCUUUACUACCUGAUGGACCGUCAUGGUCUCUGAGAACCGAGCUCAUGGCAGACAAGGAAUCCUCUCGUUUAUCUGAAUCCACAUUCAGCCAACCUCUCACAACAGCAAUUGAAAUAGCUAUUGUUGACCUCCUUUCUGCAAUUGGAAUUGAACUUGACGGCGUCAUCGGUCAUUCAUCUGGGGAAAUUGCAGCUGCAUACGCGGCGGGGGUCAUCAGCGCCGAACAUGCCAUUCAAAUUGCAUAUUACCGAGGACUUCAUGUGGGCUCCCCCCACUGGUACGGGUAUAAAGAAUAG